AUGUUUGCGGGCAAGGCUGAAGCAACACGGAUGAUGAGGUACGCGGGGCAUUGUGCGGCCAAGCUAGAUUACAAGUAUCAUGUGGCAUCUCCUGGAAAGCAAAACUACAUGGAUAUCUUGACGCCAGCAGGGUUCCUGCUGGCAGUGUCCACUGUGCUCCGUGGAGAUCCUCGAGGAUUCUGGUGCCAUUUUGGCAUCAAAUGUGGCAGCUGGAGUCAGGUCAGUCAAGGGACAUCAGGAAGGUCGGUGUUUACAGCUUUGGGAAAUGAGGAUCAGACUUUCGUUCGUGAAGGUAACUGUAUGGCCGCACGGAUGAGUCUCUUGCUGCUUCUGGUGACAGCCCUCAAAGGGGCGUGGUCAGUUGAGCAGCCAAGCGGCAGCUUCCUGGAGUACUUCCCGAACUAUCCGCCACAAUUCGGCUUGCGCCUCGUGGAGCUCCACGACCAGGUGCUCGCGACGCAGCGAGGCACACCUGAGCUGCCGAAGGAUUUGCCCACGGCUGUGGAUACCUUCAGUAUGAUGAGUUUCGAUGACUUGUGGGAAGAUGCGAACAUGGUAGAGUGCAUCCGAUACAUUCGUGGGGGUACCUCUUUACGAAUCCCGGAGAACUUCCGUCCUUUGCUGCCUACGAGACUUUGA